GCUCAGCGAGGAGGGGCUGAUAAGCUCUGGCAGGUGAAGUUAUGUAUCAUGAUGGCACGGAGGAACUCAAGGCAAGACAUGAGUGCACUGAUGUGCCCUGUUGUUUGGUCUUCCUCGCCAGUCUGGUUGGAUUGGGCUACUUGUACGGCUACGGGAUGAGCCACGGCAACUUGGGUAGGCUCUACCACGGCAUCGACUACCAAGGGCGGAUUUGUGGGCUCGAUACUCCUGAGGGAGUGCCUGGAAAGCCGUACCUCUUUUGGUGCAUGAACUCAGCCAUGGCAGGACCAUCGCUGUCGCUGAAUUUGAAAGACCCCAUUUGCGUAGCAAGCUGCCCUGGGGCGGAGGAAGCAGGUGGGCUGUAUGAACCAGUCACCGAGUGCAAGCAAGUGUCCGCUUCACAGCAGAUAAACUCCUACAAGACAAUGGUCGUGAUGCAUCGCUACUGCUAUCCGGACACGGGGGCCAUGAAGGGUGCAGCGGACGCCCUGCAAUCAGGGCUGGCGAAUCAGAAGACUGAGCGCUUCUUGGAGCAAGCCUCGUCCGUUCCUUCCGCGUGGCCCGUUCUUUUGCUCACCUUCUUUCUUGCUGUGCUUCUAGGGUACGUGUACUUGGCCGCUCUUCGGCACUGCACCGUGGUGCUGAUUUGGCUGGUCAUGGCCUUCUCCGUGAUCGGCUCUGCGGUCUUGGGCGUAUAUCUUUGGGCCAACGCCGGGAAUUUGUCGAAGCACUUGCCAGAGGGCAUGGUGCCACCAGAAGGAUACGGCGAGGACGAGGAGAACGUGACAAAGGUCCUGGCAGUGGUGUGUUGGGCCAUCGGUGCCAUCGCCGUGUGCAUUGCCUGUUGCUGCCACUCGAGCAUCUCCGCAGCAGUGGAUUGCAUCGAGGCCGCGUGUGAGGCCAUGUACGAAAUGCCGUCCUUGCUUUUGGCACCCAUCUUCAAGGCGGUGACUCAGGCAGUUGUCUUCGCGUUUCUCCUCUACGGAUUCUUCGCGCUGUUGUCAACAGCAAAGGUUUCGGCGCCGCAAGACGGACGAUUGGUCGAUGCCUUGUCUGGCCAAGUGCAGGGCGUGGCUCGUCAUCUUCAAAUGACUCCUGAGCAGAAGGCUGCGGCUGUUGCAUAUUUGUUUGUGGCACUUUGGGUCGAAUGCUGGCUUCAUGCUUUGUACCAGUUCAUCAUAGCUUAUGCCAUGGCCGAGUACCAUUUGUCCACUGAAGAUCACGAGGGCUACAGAGAAGUUGGGGGUGGUUGCUGCGCGCUCUACGAUGGCUUUCAGGUUGGGCUGACAAUGCAUGCUGGGUCGCUAGCCAUGGGUUCGGCGCUCGAAGCCCUGCUAUGGGUCCUCCAGAUUCUUGUGAGCAUUGCAGAAGCUGCCAACAAGGAGCAGGGCAACAAUCCAUGCGUGGAUUGCUUGAUGAGAUGUCUGCAAUGCUGCCUCGCCUGCUGCGAGAGCAUUGUGCAGUUCUUGAACAAGAACGCAUAUGUGGACAUGGCGAUCAAGUCGCACAAUUACUGCACUUCCGCCAGGGAGGCUAUUCGGGUGAUCACCACGCUGCCGGUGGCGAUGGCUGUCUUGAAUGGCGCCACUGUGGUGUUUACUCUGUUCGGCUGCCUCUUCACAAGUAUCAGCUGCGCUGCGUUCACUUUCUUCCUGACGACUUCACCAACUUUUUCGGCGCCAGAUGCCGUGUUCUACGUCGAUGAACCCGUGGCGGUGGCAAUCACUGCUGGGGUCAUCGGGGCGAUUGUGUCCAUGUGCUUCAUGACAGUCUUUGAUAUGUCCACGGAUUCGCUGCUGUACUUCUAUGGUCUUGACUGGAUAGAAGGUCGAAGAGGACAUGACAGCAACGCGCCAGACAACAUCAAGGAGCUGGUCCAUGGUCGGCGCUGAGCCGCGUGCAGCGAUGUGGGUUUGAGUCGCAGUUUGAUUUGGUCGUUUGGGAAACGAGGGGUCCCUAUGUAAGGAG